AAUACAAAUACAAACAACCUUUUAUUAAUACCAACAAUCUUAAUGCUAUUCACUACAUUGGACACCUUUCUUUCUUCCCAUAUUCUCACCGCAUUGCUUCUUUUCUUGCAUGCCAAUUUACCACGUUUCCUGCCAUGAUUUGACCUCACUGUAGCCAUACCACCCAUCCCUUGCCAUGGCUAGCAAUCAACUACUCUCCCUGUUGGGAUGGUCAUUUCUCCCCGGUCUCAUAACAGGUUGGGUCCAAACCAUAUACUACGGCCUCACGAUCCGCGCCGGCGACCCCAAACCCGCGCCGAACUCGCCACGCUACGUCCAGCACCGCCGCCGCAUCAACAUCCUCGUCGUCUCCCUCUAUCUCCUAUACACCAUCUAUGAGGCCGACUACGAGCUGCGCCGCGCCUCGAACUACUACGCCGACCUCGGCGUCCCCUUCUCCGCCUCCGAGCGCGAGAUCAAGAGCCGCUUCCGCCGCCUCGCCGCCCUCCACCACCCAGACAAGCUCAUGAACAGCAACGGCGCCGGCGACGACGGUGGCAGCACCGCCGCAGAAUACUUCAUGCACCUCAAGACCGCCUCCGAGACCCUCGUCGACCCGGCGCGGCGCUUCGCCUACGAGCGCUUCGGCCCGGACAUCGUGGACUGGAAGCACUGCGCGACCAUACACGACUACGUCGCGCGCGGCGCGCAGGUCAUCGUCCCGUACUACACCGUGACGGCACUAGCCAUGUACGUGAUCGGGCUCAUGGGCUACCUCGACUGGGGCCGCUACUGGCGGUGGGUGACGCUGGUGCUCAUGUGCGUCUUCGAGCUGCACACGAUCACGCGGCCCGCCUUCCCGCCCCUCCUCGACACCCUCGUCAACCCUCUGCUCGCCCUCUUCAGCGCGCACCCGCCCUACCUGCCCUUCCAAGCCAUCAGCCUCGCGCGCAAGCUCUGCAUCACCCUCUUCAUCGCCUUCUCCCAGAUCGGGCCCCUCCUCCAAUCCCCUGCCCAGCAACAACAACCAGGCACCAAGCCCGGCGACGCGACCGAGAAGGCGCUCAACCAGAACCUCGACAGGCUGCAGCUGAUGGCGCAGUCCGUGGACUCGGACGUCGUGCGCCUGCUCGAGCUCGAGAUGGCCCCCUUCGUCGGCGACGCCGAGGUCAUGGGCAGCAUGCGCGCGAAGCUCAAGGAGUGGCUCGUCCAGAACACGAUCCGCGCCGACCCCAUGGUGAGAGAUGCGCUGGGCAGGUCGCUCAGGAAGAGGCGGGUGGAUGCGCCUGCGGGGGCGAAGGGGAAUAGAUGAUGUAGGUAGGACUAGAUAAUAGAAGUAGCAGCAGCAGCAGCAGCAGUAACUAUAACAAUGAUAAUGAAUAGCUUGCUUAUUUAGUGCUCGUUUCAACUAGCGACUUUCGUACAUCAAUAAUAGAAUGGGAGGUCUUUUUUUUUU